GACGCGUUCUCUCAGCAAUCACUUCAGGAGGAACGACAGACACCGUGAACGGUCGCACUGUACAUCAUGGCACCCAAGAAAGUAUGCAUCAUUGGCUCUGGCAACUGGGGUUCUGCCAUUGCCAAGAUUGUGGGCACCAACGCAGGAAAGCUUGACAUAUUCGACACGACAGUGAACAUGUGGGUGUUUGAGGAGACGGUGAACGGACGCAAACUCACAGAGAUCAUCAAUACAGACCAUGAGAACGUCAAGUACCUGCCUGGACACAAGCUGCCUCCCAACAUCGUGGCUGUUCCAGAGGUGACGGAUGCUGUGAAGGGAGCAGACAUCCUGAUCUUCGUUAUUCCACACCAGUUCAUCAACAGAAUCUGUGACACCAUCAGAGAACACAUCAAGAAGGAUGCUGUGGGCAUGUCUCUUAUCAAGGGUGUGGAUGAGGGUCCCGAGGGGUUGAAGCUGAUUUCUGAUGUCAUCAGAGAGAAGCUGGGCAUCACCAUGACAGUACUGAUGGGGGCCAACAUUGCCAACGAAGUCGCAGAGGAGAAAUUCUGCGAGACCACAAUCGGCUGUAAGAACCAGGACUGGGGCCCCAUCCUGAAGGAACUGAUGCAGACCAUUAACUUUAGAGUCACUGUGGUGGUGGAGGCCGAUGUCGUAGAGAUCUGUGGAGCUCUCAAGAACAUAGUGGCGGUGGGAGCAGGGUUCUGUGACGGCCUGGGCUUCGGUGAUAACACGAAGGCAGCGGUGAUCAGACUGGGGCUGAUGGAGAUGAUCUCCUUCGCCCGGAUAUUCUGCACCGCUGGACCCGUCUCCCCCGUCACAUUCCUGGAGAGCUGUGGCGUCGCCGACCUCAUCACCACCUGCUACGGCGGACGUAACCGCAAGAUCGCAGAGGCCUUCGCAAAAACAGGAAAGACAAUUGAGGAGUUGGAGAAGGAGAUGUUGAAUGGUCAGAAGCUCCAGGGUCCAGCAACCGCAGCUGAAGUCAACCACAUUCUGAAGAAGAAGGGCCUGGUGGACAAGUUCCCCUUGUUCAACGCUGUCAACCAGAUCUGUUUCCACGGACACCCCGUCAAAGAGUUCAUCAGCUGUUUGCAGAACCACCCUGAACACAUGUAACUAACUGAAGGAUGCUGCUACUCGGAUGCUUUAAAUGUUGGAAACAGCUGGAGGAAGGAAGGGAGGGAGGAAGGAAGGAAGGAAGGAAGGAAGGAAGGAAGGAAGGAA